CCCAUAUGUCUACCUCGUGUAUCCUGGUAUGAUCAUUGUUGGCAUGUGCGCUAACAUCACUUUACUCGCAAACGUUACGGUCGGAAACUUAUUUGGGUCGCGGAGGUCAACAGUCAUCACUAUUAUAACGGGCUCCUUUGGCUCAUCUCCUAUCACCUUCCUAGUCACAAAGUUGCUGUACGUUAAUUUUGGCGUGCCCUUUCAACACAUGUGUUUCGCCCUGGCUUGUAUGUGCGCCCCGUCGCUACUGGCCACCUUUACUCUCUACCCCAAGUACAAGUUCGUUCCUCAAGCAAAACAAGAGAACGGGAAAGACCCAGAGGAAAAUGAGAAACCAGAACAGGAACCAGAAAAUAACUGUGAAGAAAAGAGUGGAUCGGCUCGAGCGCCUGGUGAGACAUUCGUACAGGUUGUGACGUCACGACUGUACCUCCUGCACCUGGCCUACAUCAGUAUCAUGAACUUGAACGUCAUCAUCCUGGUCGGCACCGCAAACAUCUGGUUCAACACGGUCACCGGAAACAGCAACAACGGACAGGUGAGCUUCUGGACGUACGUGUUUGGGUUCUUCCAGGUGUCGAAUGUGCUGGUGUCUCCACUCUGUGGUUUCGUCUACGAUUUGGGACUGAAAGGACAUACACGUGCUGCUACCGUGACCUCCCGGCGGCGUGCGGCCGUCCCCGUGUUCAUCAUCACCAGUCUGACCAGCUCGCUGGUGUUCGUCUUCGCCACGUUGUCCGUGUGGGACACGCCGUCUGUGGUGUCCAGCACAGGCCUGCUCAUGACGUCAGCUCCGGACAUGAUCAUCACGUUCGUUCUGCACGUGGUCAGCAGAGCUUUUAUUUACGGAGGGAACACUGCGUUUAUUGCCAAUUCGUUUCCCGCGGAGCACCUUGGCCGGUUGAUCGGCCUGUCGUACCUGGUAGCCGGGCUGGUCGGCCUGCUGCAGUAUCCACUCAUCGGCUGGAUCAAGACUGCUGGCAGCCCGUUUUAUGUGUACAUCUCUGUCCUGGUGCUUUCCAUUGUGACGUUUGGUCACCCUGCCUACAUCAGCUACCAAUGCAGGGACGUGUCCAAGAAAGACGGGCAUCGCAAGCUUGACUCUCUAUGA